GUCACUUGUCAGUAGUGUCAGUUGAUAACAACUUCUCUUAAAUCUCGGCGUCGGCACAUUUCCAGUUUUUCCAGUCCAGGGUUUUUCUUUUUCUUGCAUAUUUGAAUUGAUACUUAUGAAUUUGUGGAACACUUCAAACACUCGUUCUGAAUAAGCCAUAAUGCUUCAAUAGAUGGUACUGGAGAAUAUUAGUUCGACUCUAUAGCUAUUAAGAUGGAUCCCAAUUUACCACAAGGCUUUGGUCCUCCUCCAGGAAUAGGUACCCCACCUCUUAUGCCUCAAGUACCUAUGCCUGGAAUACCUGCAUUUCCACCAAUGAUCCCUUCUUUCAACGUUCCUCCACCAGGUUUUGGCAAUUUUGGACCUCCUGGAGGUAUGCCUCCAGCUACUCCAGGAUGUGAAUGGACAGAGCAUAAGGCACCUGAUGGCAGAACAUAUUAUUAUAAUUCAGUAACCAAACAGAGUUCUUGGCAGAAGCCAGACCAAUUGAAAACCUCAGCAGAGUUGUUAUUGUCCCAAUGCCCAUGGAAGGAGUAUACUGCAGAUAGUGGUAAAAUUUAUUAUCAUAAUGUGAACACAAAAGAAUCCAGAUGGGUAAUACCACCUGAAUUAGAAGAAAUCAAGAAAAAGAUAGCUACAGAAGAAUUGAAACCUCUAUCUGCUCCUGUAACUCCAAGAGAAGUUACCAGUCCUUUACCUAUACAGCAGCCCCUGCUGGUUGCAGUGGCAGCAUCUACUGGGCCAAAUUCACCAAUAAUACAAUCAUCAACCUCGAGUCCUAGUGGUAAAAGCAGUGCUUUGGAAGCUGCGAUGGCUGCAACUUUAGCUGCUAUUUCAUUGCCUACACCCCCUCCAAAACAAGAUGAGGACUCCAAUUUAUCGCCUCGUAGCGAUACUGCCAAAGAAUCCAGAACUUCCACGCCCGAGCCUAAAGUUUUCAAAGAUAAGAAAGAAGCGAUAGAGGCGUUCAAAGAACUCCUGAAAGACAAGAAUGUGCCAUCAAACGCUUCUUGGGAACAGUGUGUCAAGCUGAUAUCGCACGAUCCUCGAUAUGAAACUUUCAAGAAAUUGAAUGAAAAGAAACAGGUAUUCAAUGCCUAUAAAACACAGAAGCAAAAAGAUGAAAAAGAAGAACAGAGACUGAGAUCGAAGAGGUAUAAGGAAGAAUUAGAGGAGUUCCUGCUAAAGUCAGAUUUGAUAAAUUCAACUACCAAGUAUUAUAGGUGUGAUGAAAUUUUUAGCACCAUGCAGGUUUGGUCAAAUGUGGCGGAUGCCGACCGCAGAGACAUCUAUGAAGAUGUUAUGUUUGCUUUGGCAAAAAGAGAGAAAGAUGAAGCUAAAGCUCUGAAAAAACGAAAUAUGAAGAAACUAUCAGAGGUUCUUGAAUGUAUGACUAAAAUUAACUAUGAUACAACAUGGAGUGAAGCACAGGUGCUAUUGCUAGAAAACAAUUCAUUCAAAAAUGACGUGAACCUACUCGCGAUGGACAAAGAAGAUGCUCUAGUCGUCUUCGAAGAACACAUCCGAGUACUAGAAAAAGAAUACAUGGAGGACAAGGAAAGGGAAAAAAGGCGAUUGAAAAGGCAAUGCAGAAAAAACAGGGACGCUUUCCUCGCCCUGUUAGACCAUUUACACGAAGAAGGAAAGUUAACCUCGAUGUCGCUUUGGGUGGAAUUGUAUCCAAUCAUUAGUGCUGACAUACGAUUUUCUGCUAUGUUAGGACAGAAUGGUUCUACUCCUCUAGAUCUGUUUAAAUUUUAUGUCGAGGACCUCAAGUCUCGCUUCCAUGACGAGAAAAAAAUUAUAAAGGAGAUACUUAAGGAAAAGGAAUUUGAGGUUAAAGUCGACACUUCUUUUGACCAAUUCGCAACAGUUAUUUGUGAAGAUAAAAGAUCUGCAACUCUUGAUGCUGGAAAUGUCAAAUUAACUUAUAAUUCAUUCCUGGAGAAGGCAGAAGUGAAAGAAAAGGAAAGGUUAAAAGAAGAGACCAAGAGAUUGAAGAAGUUAGAAGCAAAUUUCAAAGCUCUAUUGAAGGAUAUGAACAUAGAUUAUGAACUUUCGUGGGACGAAGCAAAAGUGAAACUCGAAAAGGAAGAAGAGUUCACAGCCUUCGACUCCGAUUCUGAAAGACAAAAACUGUAUAAAGAAUAUCAACAUGAGAUGGAAGAGUCCUGCAGUCACCAUCAUUCCAGGUCGAAGAAAUCCAAGAAAAAGAAGAAGAAAGUGUACAGAUCUUCGAGUAGCGAAUCCGAAAGUGAUAAGCAUAAAAAAUCAAAACACAAAUCAAAAAGCCCGACGCCUUAUUCGGACGACAGCGCCGAGGAAUAUAAGAAGAAAAAGAAGAAGAAACACAAGAAGAAAAGUCCCUCUAGCACUCCAACCGAGAAAUACAGGCCCGAAGAAGGAAGAGGAGCAGGCGAGGUCAGCGAAACGGAACUCGAGAAACAGAGGGCGUUGUUGUUGGCUAAGUUGAAAGAAAGUGACUGACUUGCAAAGUCCUUGUGUUCAUUGAAACUUAUUAAUCUUCAGAGUGUUCUAGAUAUGCAUAAAGUGUCUGUGUAUUACGGAGUAUAUUGAAAUAUCUGAG